AUGGCAAAUUUUGUGUUUCUUAAGAAGUUGAAUCCUUCGACCAUGCAGUGGAUGAUUUGUGCCAAGGUGUUUCGUUCGUGGAAAGUUAAAAAUUGUUCCAAUGAUGUUUCGAAAGAACUAAUCUUGGUCGACGAAGAGGGAUCUUUUGGACAUGCUACGAUUCCGGCAGCACUCAAUGGGCUUCCGUCUUUUGUAAUGACCGAGAAUCAGAGUUAUGUUAUAGAGUGGUUCGAAGUCGAGGAGGAUAAAGAGCAGAUCCACAAAACUAAUCUUGGUUAUCGGAUUCUUUUCACGGACAAGACUAUCAUACGUCUUGCAAGCGACCCUAUAAUUUGCAAACCGUUUACUAACUUUGGUUUUAAACGUAUUUAUGAUAAUGAAUUUCAUGGACGUUGGCCUUACUUUAAUUUGAUCGGAUGCAUCACUAAUAUGGGGGAAAUCAAGAGUUUUAAACAAGAAGACAUUGGUGAUCGUUGGAGUCUGAUGGACCGCUACAUUAGGUUCAGAAUCAUGUCAAUUGAGGGAUAUGUACUUGACUGCUUUGCAACAGGAUGUUAUGCAAAUCACAUGUUCAAACGGUUCAAGGUGGGUAACGGGAAGAGGAUUUGUCUGUUCAAAAUGUGGAAAGGAAUCAAAUGUGGAGAUGAUAAUGUUCUCCUAACCAACGGUGAUGGAUGUUCGGACAUAAUUGAGGAUCCAAAGGGUGCAGAAUUUACAGAGUACAUGUACAUGUACAAUUUCAUUGAACAUGGAGAGUCAAGGAUUCAGGAUUGGAAUGAUACCGACAUUCGUUUCAUUAUGGACUUGAGUGACACACUCGGAUCCUUUAUUCAUCCUGCUGCUGAGGACUCUUUUGACAAGCAUCGAAUCCCCGUUUGA